AUGCCAGACUCUACCGAAUUGCCCCGCGACCCGGCCUCCGGCCCCGAUUCUCCGCGUGAUUCCACGCGCAACCCCGCGCAAGACUCCCCUGUCUGUUCCCACCUCUCGAUCCUGGUCUCGGACCCCCAGAAACAGCGCGCCGACCAGGUCAAGGCCUCGUCCUCGUACGUCACUUACCAGAUUUCCACCAAGAUCGACAACCGGCCCAAUCCCGCCCACCGUCGCCGUCAAUUGCACAUCGCCGACAAAUCCAAGAAACCCACCGACAUUAUCGUUGUGCACCGCCGCUACAGCGACUUCGUGCUAUUGCACACCGUUCUCACGCAGGACCACCCGUCCUGCAUCGUUCCGCCUUUACCAGACAAAAAAGUGCUCCAAUACAUCGCCGGCGACCGUUUCGGCCACAGUUUCACCCAGAAACGCUGUCACAGCCUUCAGAAUUUCCUGAGACGCAUUUCGGAGCAUCCGGUACUCUCACAGUCGCGUAUGCUCGAAACGUUUUUGGUCAGUAGCGACUGGGACGCGUAUCGUCGCACUCUUUCCGGCACGCUUGUCGCCAACAAAGAAGAAGUGAGCGACGCACUCAUGAACGCUUUCAAAACGGUCCAUAACCAGAGCGAAGAGUUCACCGAGAUCAAAGAGAAAAGCGAAAAACUCGACCACAACGUCUCCAAGAUCGAUAAGAUCUUCCAUCGCGUCGUGAAGCGACAAGAAGCCAUAUCCGAUGAUUUCGGGAAGUUCAGUCAGAGCCUACGUGAGUUGCAAGAACUGGUCUCGGACGGCUCCGAGAGCGACAAAGCGUUGUGUGCAAAAGUCAAGACUUUCAACGAGGGGAUAAGCCAACUCUCGUAUGGGUUGCGAGACGUGAGCAAAUAUCUCGACUACGAGUACAUCGUUGAUCUCAAGGACAUGGAGCACUACAUCGACAACGUGAAGCAGACCAUCAAGCUUAAGGACCAGAAACAAAUCGAUUACGAGGAAUUGAACGACUAUUUGACAAAAUCUAUUAACGAGAAAAAUAACCUUGUUUCUGGGUACGGCGGUAGUAACUAUUUUGCCAGCAAGCUCGAGGAACUGGCAGGCAUAAACCAAGAAGUCGCAAGACGCGACAAAAUAUCCAAGUUGGAAACCAAAAUCGGUUCCUUGACCACGGAAGUGGAGAACGCCAAAGAAGUCGCAGACGCGUUCGAGCGCGAGGUUUUGAAAGAGGUCAAUAUUUUCGAAGGUAUCAAGACCAAAGAAUUGAAAAGCUCGCUCACCGCGUUGGCCGAUAAUCAGAUAGAAUUUUACCAAAAAAUGGUCGACACCUGGAGCAAAGUCGAACAGGGUCUUUGA